GCUGUGAACGGACGUGCGGACGCUAACAGCGUAAAAGAACAGUGCUUGUGAGUGCCUGUGGAACACGAGUGUUAGAAAGUUUGGUUUUAAACAAGAUAGUUUUUUGUACGCAAAUAAAUUUUUAAUUUACAUUUUCUAUAUUUUUUUUGUCUAAUCUGGAAAAAGCUGGUUUCGUUACGUGAAUCUGGUUCGACUGUUUUUCCGAUGCAGAUCCAAAAAUGAUGCAUCGACAGAAAAUCCGAAAAAAAAAUCCAGUGAGACUAACAACUCAGGUCUUAGUUAAAAUGUGACAAUAGUGAACAAACAAAUAACAAACAAAAUACUCCAAAAUAAUUCUCCUAAAAUCUAGAUUUUAGUCGCAAAUUCAGUGCCAAACAAUAGUGAAAAUUUUCAGUAAACAGAGGCUACAUCGAACUUAAAGAGCAACGACAUAAGUGCCACAUCAUCAGGAACUUAUCGGACAAAAGAGUGCUAAAAAGUGUUCAAGCAAAAUUGGACUUUGAAAGUGAUGUGUUAAGAAUGGAUCUCCACGCUCCUCAGUUGGUUGUCCAUUCCUAUGAACCCCAUGCUCCGUUGUUGGAGGUUGAGGGCUUGGAUCCUCACAGUCCUCAGCAGAAGGUGCUGAUCCAUGCACCAACUUUGCAAAGCCAGGAGUUGAUGAGCAGCGACCACAGGAACGGAGGUGAGCAGAGCUAUGAGUACGACUUCACAGAUGAGCAGUACCACGCGCACAGCAGCAACCAGAGCGGAGACGGUCACGGCGGAGUAAAUCAACUAGGUGGAGUAUUUGUGAACGGACGACCGCUUCCAGACGUGGUGCGGCAGAGAAUAGUGGAGCUGGCUCACUCAGGAGUACGGCCCUGUGACAUCAGCCGGCAGCUGCGGGUGUCACAUGGAUGUGUCUCCAAGAUACUAUCGAGGUACUAUGAGACUGGAAGUUUCAAAGCUGGCGUGAUUGGCGGCUCCAAGCCCAAGGUGGCCACGCCUCCAGUAGUGGACGCCAUCGCAGCAUACAAGAGAGAGAACCCUACGAUGUUCGCCUGGGAGAUCAGGGAUAGACUCCUCAGUGAGGGGAUCUGCAGCCAGGAUAAUGUGCCUUCUGUGUCCAGUAUAAACAGGAUUGUCCGUAACAAGGCGGCGGAGAAGGCGAAGCAGGCUCACAACCAGCAGCAGCAACAACAGGAACAGGAGAUCAGCUCAGCGCAGGGGAGCGUAGUAUCUGUGAUAACGCACGCAGGCAACGCGCCCGGCACGACAGCGGUCCUGUCUCCAACCACAGACCAGCACGUCACCAACACCGGGAGCUACAGCAUCAACGGGAUCCUGGGAAUUGAACAGGUCGAGGGUCUCCACAAUGGAAACGCGACUGGUUUGAAGAGGAAACGGCAUGAAGACCAAGACGAAAACCGGGACUUUAACAGUCAUUCGGAGGACGACGUGAAAAGACAGAGAAGUCACUACAACGGCGACCAAAUAUACUCCAAUCUCUGGUCAUCCUCAAAAUGGAGUCUCAAAGACGAGUACAAGUUACUAUCGGAGCUUGGUGGAGCUGCAGGUGGCGCCACUGGUUAUUACGGAGAGUUAUUCGACACACCUUACGAACACGCCGCCCAUCCUCAUUACACUCCACAUUCAGCGCACAAUCGACUGCCCACGUUAAGUCAAACAUCCCUGCAACCACUCUCAACGAAUGACUCCACGGGUUCCAAUGGUGGCGCUGGUGGUGAACCUCCGUCAGCGGCUGCGAGUCCUGAUGCUGCAGCACUGGUCGUCCUACAGCCACCUGCACCACCAUACCCUCCGUACGCACAUUAUGAUGGUACGACAACGUUAGCCAGUGAAUACGCAUACGCGGCUCCCUACUCACAGUACUCCCCGUACGGAGGACCCUACUCGCAUUCUGCUGCCACCGGCCUACUGUCCAAGUGAUAUCAACGUACGCCGUGCGAGUAGUAGUCGGCGGAUAACAACGAAAAAAAACACAAGUGAUAUAAAACGGACACUAAUAUAAAAUUAUAUAUGUAUAUCGAUCGAUCAUGUGAGACAAUUAGUUUUAUUUCCUAUAGACAAUCUCCUUUUGUAGAUAAAUUAAUAUAUUUGUACAAUGUCCUUAAAUAAUAACUAAUUCUAAUAAUUUCUAUUAAUUUUAUUCAGGUCAGUACUAAGACUUUUGCUUUCUCGAACAUUUAAAAAUGUAAUUCAUUUAUACUCAUUAUCUUUAAUUAAAUGAAAGUUCAGAGAGCCAAAGUUACUUCACUACUAUAAGGUGUAAAUAAUGUAUUUUAAUGAAAACUAUAAUGUAAUUCAUUUAAUGUCAUUAUUAGAAUUAAGAUUUAUUCUCUUUUUUACCUCAACAUAGUUACAAAGUAGUGAAUAAUUUUGUGUAACAUUUAUUUUUAAAACUUCCAUUUAAUUUUAUUUAAGCUGUCCUGUGUGCACAAUGGAAAGAAGAUUUUACAUUUAUUAUUACAUUUAAAAUCGUUAUCAUUUAUGUAAGUUGUCUAAUUUAUUUUCUUUGUAUUGUUAUCAAAUGUAUUUUCUUCUGAUGAAGCUGUUUAACAAACUAUGCAAGUCAAAUGCUAAGAAAUAUUAUUUAGAUUAUUUUUGAAAUUACUAUGAGAUUAUUCGUGUUUUUUUUUACUUUUUAUAUAAAAUGAUUAGUUUUUAAUUAUACGUGUAUAGCAUGUUCAAAUUAGCACGCUGUAUGCCAUAAUUAUGUAAACGUAAUAAGUUCAAAUAAUUGUUUUAUUAUGAAAUAAUAUUAGUUAUCAAAUCUUAUCGUUUCCGUCCAUUAAUUAUUAUUAUUGAUUAUUAUUUUUCUCAAAGUUAUUAUUGAGAUUUUUUGUAAAU